AUGGAGAACUACACCCACAACAGUUUAAUCUUGCAGGUGGAGGGGUUAAAGAUCACAGGGGGUUCUAUAUAUCCUGUGUUUUCCAUUUUCAUUUUUUUGUAUAUAUUCAUCAUCUUUUCCAAUUUGGGAAUUUUGAUCCUAAUUGUCCUGGACAAAAGCCUCCACCGGCCAAUGUAUCUGCUGUUUUUAAACCUGCCUGUCAAUGACAUACUUGGAAACUCCAAUGUGAUUCCCCGUUUACUUGUGGACAUGUUGCGUCCUCCGUCUGAACGUCUUAUUAGUUAUUAUGAGUGUGUGGUUCAGGCUUUUAUUACACAUAUGUGUGGUACAGCUGGCCACACUGUGCUCAUGAUCAGUCUGACUGUAAGACUGAGCAGAUGUAGGACAAUAAUUAAAGGUCUUUACUGUAGCAACCCCUCACUGUUUAAGCUGUCCUGUGAGAGUGUCUUCAUUAAUCAUGUAUAUGGUUUCACCUUCGCUGUAUCCACGUUUACAGCUUCUAUAGGCAGUAUAUUACUCACCUACUCUAAGAUCACUGUGGUCUGUCUGACCAGUAAGAAUAAGUCUUUGAACAGGAAAGCCUUACAGACCUGCAGCACUCAUCUCUCUGUGUAUCUGAUCAUGCUGUUCUGUGGAAUGUUCAUAAUUGUCUUACAUCGCUUCCCCCAACAUGCAAUGCUCAGAGAAACUGCUUCCAUCCUGUUGAACUUUGUCCCCAGCAGCCUCAACCCCAUAAUUUAUGGAAUUCAGUCUAAAGAGAUACAAAAAUUCCUGUCCAAUCUAUGUCAGCACAGAAAGGUUUUGAAAAGGGUUUAA